CGUAUCGAGGAGCGGGAGCUAACAGCGCGUUUAGAGUGAAGUUGAACAGAAGAAUCUCAUCUCAAAUGCGUUAACCUUCUCCACUCGUCCCCUGCAGCAUAUUCUUCUCCUUCCACAGGGAUGGCUUAUGUUCCACAUGUAAAUGUAAAUGCAAAUUGCAGCUUUUUAUUCCAAAAAUGUGCAAUUUCCUAUGUCGGUAUUCCUGCUUUGUCCCUCUUGCAACCUCGAGUAAGAGCUUUAACAUCUUUUAAGAGAGGAACAAUCGUUCCCCAAUGCUUAAAUGGAAAGAGGAAUUUUACUUUACCAGAAAAGAGAUUUAGUGGGAAGUUUUCAAAGAAAGAGAGGUUCUCUAUCCUUAGAAGUAGUAGCUCUUCAAACUCUACUGGCACUACGGACGACCGCUCUGAUCAGACAAAUCAGAAGACACCAUUUGGGUAUACAAGGAAAGAUGUCCUAUUUAUUGGACUUGGGGUUACUUUUCUUGGCAUUGGGUUAAAAAGUGGACUAGAGUUUGCGGGAGUUGAUCCACUACAAGCAGGAAAUGUGGUUCAGCUGGUGCUGGUUUUGGGCCUCACAAUUGGAUGGAUCUCCACGUAUAUCUUUAGAGUUUCAAACAAGGAAAUGACAUAUGCACAACAACUACGUGACUAUGAAUACAAAGUGAUGGAGAAACGGUUGGAUUCCCUAACUGAAGCAGAGCUAGUAGCACUGCUUGAAGAAGUUGAGGAAGAGAAAAGUCGCUAGCUAGUGGUGCGCAGGUGAAUUGAAGUAGCUUGUUUGUAUAUAUACACUGGAGUUUUACCACAGUAAUUGAAACAGAAAUUUUAAUCUAUAUGGAACUAGUUCAGAAAGGUUCAUAGCUUCAGUCUACUCACAGAUAAAAGGAUGAGAUUUCUAAUCCAUAGUAUUCACAAAAAAUUCCUGGUGGAAGUAAUCUGUAAGGUACGAUGAUAAUGCUUUUAAAUUCAUAUAAUUUAGCGGCUGUUCUUAGUGCCGUUCACCAUUGCACCUCAUGUCAUGAUGGAGAAUGUUGAAGGUGAGUUUGGAUUUUGGCCUGGAGCCAUUUUCCUCAUACCCAGAACUGCUAACUCCAAGAGAAAAACGAACUGCACAUCCUUUAGGUACAUAAUUACCAACAAGUCAAUGGGACCACUUGAAUUGGGAUGAAAACAUUUGGACAAUUGUGAAUCUUAGCAAUACGUACUCUGCACUGCCCUUUAUUCGAAACGAUUGUGUUC